UUUUUUGCUUGCGCUUUGAUGCUCUGAUUCAUCAUGAAGGAAGACGCCAGCUUUGUCCGGGCUCCUGCAUUAUGUCGAGCUGAUCGUAAGACGAUGGGCUUUGGUCAAAAGAGCAUGUUUUAGCCGGGAUCCUAUCAGCACGCCCCCAGCAGAAAUCCUCGUAUCUAAGAAGCCGUACAGAGGAGGAUAGCUCGGAAGUGGGGGCCGGUUGCUUUGGUGAUGCUUGCUCCAGAGCCGGGGAUGGGGAUGCGAAGGGAGCCAGUGAACUGAAAUAUGCGAGCGGGGCGCACUGAGAUCAUUGGAAGGCAGACGGCACCAGUCCAAGGGAUGAAUGGUUCGCUUCUUCCGCGACGCUGCUGUUGUUGCACUGGGAUCCUAAUCAAAACUGCAGGGAUACUCUAAACGGAUACCGCAAUCAAAAAAAGAAAAGAAAAAAAAAAAAAACUGGAGCACACAAUCUUGGGAUAAAGCGAAGAUACGGACUGUGGACUGCACUUGAAAGUGUGAGAGUUGUGGAUCUCUCUUCUCUCUCCCCCGCCCCUCCCCUUUUUUUUAAUUGGAAUCCAAACUAAUGCUUCUCAGUUCUGUUCCGUUUCUCAUUGUUGUUUGAAUGUCCUGUAGUCUGGACCAGUACCAGGGGAGGCUUAUGGCUACUGCCAAACGCGUGCUUUCCGGAGUUGUAUUACUUCGGUAACCCGCACACUUUCUUUGCCUGUUGCCUUCCAACUCCUCCUCAUCCUUUCUGGGGUUUAUAUGGCUUUGGAUAAUAAACGUGAUAAACACUUAUCUUUUACAGCUAUGGUUAUAGACGAUAACACAGUACGGAACGGCAGGGGCCUUUCCGAUCAGUGGGCAGACAGCGUGGUGGUCAGACCCAGGACCACAGAGCGUCACAUCACCGUGCACAAAACGCUGGUGCUUGGAUUCGCCAUCUCCAUCCUUACUCUCAUCAUCGUGACUAUCAUCGCCGUGCUUCUCAGCGUCAAAUUUGAAGAGUGCACCGGCGAGCCCAGUGGCCGGCCGGCCAGUGGAAACCACACUAAGUUCAACCAGACCAGGGAUUCCCAGGUCCAUCAUCGGGGCGAGGAGCAUGGCAUCCAACCCUGGAAACUGCUCAGGUUGCCUACCUCGCUGCGACCCAUCCAUUACAAUCUCCACCUGACUGUGUUUAUGGACAAUUUUACUUUUCACGGACAAGUCAGUAUUGAAUUCGAAUGCCUCAACUCCACCAGGUUUAUCGUCCUACACGCGGAUCGCCUGGAGCUGCAGAGAGCGAUGGUGUACACGGGCGAGAGGAGGAGAGGAGCACUGAAAGUGCACCGGCAGUUUAAGUACCCCGCCAACCAAGUACUGGUCAUCGCGCUCAAUGGCGAGAUGGAACCCCGGAGGAGCUAUAAAGUUAACUUAACUUUCCACGCUCGAAUCGAAUAUGAGCUACUGGGCUUCUUCCGCAGCACUUACCCGCAACUCGGGGACAAAAGGUACUUGGCUGUGACACAGUUUUCUCCAAUACACGCAAGGAAAGCGUUCCCCUGCUUUGAUGAGCCCAUCUAUAAAGCCACGUUCAAAAUCAGCAUCAAGCAUGAAAGCAGCUACCUGUCUCUAUCCAAUAUGCCGGUGGAGGGCUCAGAGCCGGAUGAGGAGGGUUGGGUCACUGACCAUUUUGUCAGGACUCCUAGGAUGUCCACAUACUACUUGGCUUGGGCAGUGUGCAACUUCACGUACAAGGAAACCCUGACCAAUCGGGGUGUCACAAUUCGUCUCUAUGCCAGACCUGACGCAAUCCAAAGAGGAUCUGGAGAUUAUGCUCUGCAUAUAACAAAGAGACUUCUGGAAUUUUAUGAGGACUAUUUUAAAGUGAAGUACUCCUUGCCCAAGCUUGAUCUCUUAGCUGUGCCUAAACACCCUUACUCAGCUAUGGAAAACUGGGGACUGAGUGUAUUUGUGGAGCAGAAAAUCCUAUUGGACCCUGGAGUUUCUUCAGUCUCCUACCUGAUGGACCUCACUAUGGUUGUGGUGCAUGAAAUUUGCCACCAGUGGUUUGGUGACCUUGUGACCCCAGUGUGGUGGGAAGAUGUCUGGUUAAAAGAAGGAUUCGCUCAUUUCUUUGAAUUUGUGGGCACAGAUUUUCUCUUCCCCAACUGGAACAUGGAGAAACAAAGGUUUCUGACUGAUGUUCUCCAUGAAGUGAUGCUGUUGGAUGGCCUUGCCAGCUCCCACCCUAUAUCCCAGGAGGUGCAUCAAGCGACAGACAUCGACAGAGUGUUUGACUGGAUUGCUUACAAAAAGGGUGCUGCAUUAAUCCGAAUGCUUGCAAAUGUUAUGGGACAACCAGUUUUUCAGAUGGGCUUAAAAGAUUACCUCAUAACUCACAUGUAUGGCAAUGCAGCAAGGGAUGAUUUGUGGAAUAAAUUCUCUGAGGCCAUGAGGAAGGAAGGAAAAGACAUCAAUGUGAAAGAGGUGAUGGAUCGCUGGACAUUACAGAUGGGCUUUCCUGUGGUUACAAUAAUCAAGAACGACAGCCUGGAUGACAGCGUAACAAUAAGCCAGGAGCACUUCAUCUUUGACGUUGACGCCAAGCCCAGAGAUUCCGAGCGCUCAAACAGCAGCUACCAGUGGCAUAUCCCAUUAACAAUUGCAGUUGGAAAUUCAAGUCAUAUUUCAACAGAGUUGACGAUUUGGGUUUCUAAUAGAUCAGAGUUACACCGGAUUAAUCAGAUGGAUGAAGAUAGUUGGUUACUUGGAAAUAUAAACCAAACUGGCUACUUCAGAGUAAAUUAUGAUCUCAGGAACUGGAGACUACUCAUUGAGCAACUGAUGUCCAAUCACGAGGUGAUCUCUGUUGGAAACCGUGCAGGUCUAAUCGAUGACGUUUUUAACCUUGCCAGAGCUGGAUACUUGCCCCAGAACAUUCCCCUAGAGCUUAUACGCUACCUUUCUCAGGAGAAGGAGUUUCUGCCUUGGCACGCUGCCAGCCGUGUGCUCUAUCAUCUUGAUAAAUUGCUGGACCGCACAGAGGAGUACAACCUCUUUAGUGACUACAUCCUGAAACAAGUGGCUUCUAUAUACCAUAUGCUUGGAUGGCCCACUGCAUUUUCAAAUGGCUCUGUUGUUCAAGUGGCUUAUCAGACUGAAGAACUCCGUCGAGAGGUGAUCAUGUUAGCUUGCAGUUUUGGACAUAAACACUGUCACCAGCAGGCAAUUAGUUUAAUUUCAGACUGGAUAUCAAGCAAUAAAAACCGAAUCCCCCCAAACGUCAGGGACAUUGUUUACUGCACUGGCGUUUCACUAAUGGAUGAGGAUGUCUGGGAGUUCAUAUGGAUGAAAUUCCACUCGUCGACAGCAAUUUCAGAGAAAAAAGUGCUCCUGGAGGCCCUGACCUGCAGUGAUAAUGCAUUCCUAUUGAACAGGCUUUUAAACCUGUCUUUGAGUUCAGACCUGCUUCCUAAUCAAGACGUCAUUGAUGUAAUUAUUCAUGUAGCUCGUAACCCACAUGGCAGACAUUUAGCCUGGAAGUACUUCAGAGACAAAUGGGACAUUUUGAAUUCCAGAUAUGGAGAAGCAUUAUUUAUCAAUUCCAAACUCAUCAACGGUGUUACAGAAUAUUUAACAACGGAAGCAGAGCUUAAUGAGCUAAAGCACUUCGUACGGAACAAUGGAGGUGGAACAAUUUCUUCCUUUCAACGAGCUUUGGAAAUCGUGGAAGCUAAUGUGAGGUGGCACAGCCUCUUUGAAGAACAGUUUUUUCAGUGGCUUAGGAAAUCCCUUACUAGCUAAUCCGUGACAAUUAUAAAUAUUUAUAGCAUGGCAUCUCUUUGAAACAUUUGUACUCUUAAAGAGAGAGAGAGAGAGAGGGGGUGGGGGGGGUUAGAGAAAAGAAGAAUUUGAUCUGAAUUGCAAAUUAUGCACCACUUGUUUUCCUGCAACAUGAAAAGGAAUCUGUCUGUGGGGAAAAAAAGAAGGGCGGUGCAUUAACACUGUCAACAUCAGUUUUACAUUUAGAACGUUAAAAGAAUGUUGUUUUAAAGUAUUGCAUGAUAUUAUUUCUCUUUGACUGAGACACUCUGAUGCCCAAUAUUUUUAUUUUCCCAUUUUUUUAAUGCAUGGUUGUUUAUCACUUUUCUGCUGUUCCAGCAUGCUGACUUUCCUAUUUACCCAGUUGUUGCCAUUCAACUCCACUUAGAUACCAAAACUAAAGAAAAAAAAAAUGAAGAAAAACAUAGGACAAUUUUAUGCAAAUGUUAAAAAGCACAAAGACCGUAAAGACAAUCACACGUAUGUUUCAGAGAAACAUUCAUUGUGCUCACAUUUUCCAUUUUUUCCCCAAGGUUGUUUGGCAGGCUGAACUAAAAAUAAGAAUAUAACUUUCUCUCUCAGAAAUCAGUACAGUAUUUACAAAAUAUUGGUCGGUGCCCUAAAAGGCGGACUUGAAAACAUUUUGCCAAAAGAAAAAUGAUUAAUAUAUCUCAAAUUAAAAAGUGCUUUUUUGGUCAUUUUUAAUGGUAAGUACUUAUUAGAUGGAAAUUGUGCCUGACCUCUGGUGAGGACCAAGUGUAUCUUUUCUAAGUCAAUCCUGAUUUUUUGCCUUCUUCCUGUUUAUCCCAGAGCAGACACUGCAGAGAGCCAGCUUUUGAAAAGUUGAAAUGCUGAAUAUAUCACCUCAGGGGCAGUGUGCCUUAACAAAGCAAAUGUUAACUUUUGAUUUAAUCAGCUGUAACAAUAAAAUGGACUCCUGUAAAACAAAUGGAUGAUGGAUGAGUAAUUGAUUGACUUUAAUGGAGGUGAUUGUGCAUUUCAUCAGUUAUUCUUGAAAAAUAUGCAAAUGCAUUCCAAUCCAUAAUACUAGUUGGACCACUCCGACCUUCCACUUAAUCCAGACAAGGGCUCCAGAGUUUCUAACAACUGAAAAUACCAAACCCAACUCACUCAUUUUGAACAGUUAGAGAGGAUAAUCAGAUGCUUUCUCAACAGAAAUGUUUUUCACGUCUUGUUCUCCUUUAUUCUAGUCUCUCUUAUUUGUUGCCAGUGAACCAUUGUCCAGUGUCCCCAACUUUCAGAUUAUAUUCUUUUGUCAGGAAAUGACCAUUUAUAUUGUUCCACGACUAGUUCAUAUACAACAGUUAUGCAUAUUGCCUUCAACUUUCACUGUCAGUUAUGAGUUACCCACCCAUAAAUUCUUUACAGGACCUAUUGUUUUGGGUACUCUCUUUGUCACCAAGAAGUGUGGAAGUCUUUGUUGGCUUUUUGGUAGCUGUCAGACCUCCAAACCUUAGAAGGUGAUGCCAUAUAUGUUAAAAUAGACACAUACCAUACAUUCCUCUGCAUUUUAUUGUUUCUUUGGCCAACAGUAUAAAAGCUAUUGUAGGAUUCUGGCUCUGAAAUAUGGAAUUACAAGGGACUUUCAAAAACUUUCCACACUUUCUUAAGGCGGGAGGAGUAGUAAUUGGACAUUAAAAAGUUAGGACGAUGCUGGGAAAAUUGCAUCGCAAAGGUAGGUG